AUGAAGAAGGCGCGGCCGGCGAACGUGAAGAUCUUGAAAGAUGCCAAGGAGAUGGUGCAAGAGUGCGUGUCAGAGUUCAUAAGCUUCAUCACUGGCGAAGCAUCCAACAAGUGCGAGAGGGAGAAGCGAAAUACAAUCAAAGGCGACGAUCUAUUGUGGGCCAUGACCACCCUCGGCUUUGAGGACUACAUGGAGCCUCUCAAGGUGUACCUAGAGAGGGAGGGUGGGUUUAAGAGGGGCAAAGUAGGAGGAAGAGGAGGGAGGGACGAUAUGGGAGAGACAAAGUUUACAAAAGUUUUACAAUCUGGUUUGGACCACAUUAGAGCAAGAGAGGGGCGUGGCUGUGCAAAUGAUGGUGAAGGAUCGAAAGCAAGAACAACAGGUUCUAAAAUUUACGGGUUAGGUCGGACCCAAAUCUACUUUGGACGGGUAGCUGUGCAUAACAAUUUUCUGUUGUUUAAUCCAAACAUGGUGACUAGCUUUUAG